GUUAUAGUGUUCCGGGGUCCAUAAAUUGACCAAAUAACAAAAACUCAAAAUAUCAUUGUUAUUUUCGAAUAAUUCAUUUGUACAGAGUAUUAUUAGUUUACUUAGAACCUAACUUAAUGAAAAAAUAUUAAUAUCGAACGUUCCAACAAGAAUUACAUGUAAAACACCUCUAGGGUGAUUCUUCUUGGAAAACGCAUGCGCAUUCAGAGUACAAACCUGAAAAUACAUCAAAGUUUUUCCUCUGAAAAAGUAGCAAGUGAACUUUAUAAACGUUAGAAGACUUUCUAAACGUUAGUUCCAAGUAUUUAUUGUUUAUUGUGACAAAAUAAGCGUGUCUCAAUAAUUGAUUGUUAAGAGUUAAAGUACUAUGAACCGUUUGGAUGAUCCUCCGGGUCUCAUGAAAGGCAGAAAACCAUCCUUCAUUGGAAUGAACGGGGGUCCAGAAACAGACGAGCAGCAACGGUUAAGAUUUCAAGUUGAACUAGAAUUUGUUCAAUGUCUUGCCAAUCCAAACUAUUUGAAUUUUCUAGCACAACGUGGAUACUUUAAGGAUUCGACAUUCAUAAAUUAUCUUAAGUACCUGUUGUAUUGGAAGGAACCUGAUUAUGCAAAAUAUUUGAAAUAUCCCAUGUGCUUGUACUUCCUAGACUUAUUACAAUAUGAACACUUUAGAAGAGAAGUGGUAAACUCUCAGUGUACGAAAUUUAUAGAUGAUCAACAAAUAUUAUUAUGGCAACAUUAUACCAGACGUAGGACAAGACUGUUACAAACUGCUGCCGAGCAAACGCAGCACGUAAAUCCUCAAAACAAUGGUAUUGUACAACCUAAAGUUCCUUGAGUAAUAUGUGUGAAAAACAGUAUUAAAUGGGUCCAUAAAACCUACGACACUACAUAAGAUUAUUUCUAUAUUAUAGUUCCUUAUCAGAAUUGUUUUAAUAGUUAUGUUUUUGACUGUGAUAAAUCACAAAUAAAGUACUUUUCUAUAUUCAUUAUA